UACACUGCGUAUGAGUAGGCCGCUUCAGUAUUUGAAGCCAUAUUUUGCCGCAUUUGAACGCGCGGUUUCACCUGUUUACCCCAGGUUCGCACGGAUGGCGACUGAAAAACUCGUUUUAGCAUUCCUCUUGUUAUUUGUUCUCAUUUCCAACGGAGAACUUGUCAAGAACUGCUUUAAGCGCUCGGGGAAACUGCCUUCUUUCGUCACGGGUACGGCAAUCGUGGGCGGCAGUAAGGAUGCCGUGGUGUCUAAGCUCCACCACGGAGGAAUCAAGAUGGGAGUGAAUUCGGGAUGCGAUAAUGGCAAGACUGAUAUAGAAGUUGAUUGGGAUCCCAAAAACCACGACGCAUAUAUCUGUCGAGAAGGGGAGGAGGCGCCCGGAGCUGGUCAGAUGCAUGGACUUUCUGUGGCGUUCUCUCACAAACUGUACCAGCCGAUUCACCAAUGCUUGAAUAUAGAUCUAAAAUACCUUGAGCCAGUGCCGACAAGUGGAAGUCAUCGUCCGGUCUGGCCGAAAUAUGGCCAAUACCUCUAUGUUCCUCCACAGCGAUGGAUACAUUCUCUUGAGCACGGUGCCAUUGUCUUUCUCUACCAUCCAUGCUCCGACCAAAAAGUGGUGGCGCAGUUUAAAACGGCCGUGGAAUCUGCAGCGAACUGUAAAUACAUCACUACCCCGUUUCGGUUACCUUGUCACCGAGAGAGUGGAUCUUACUAUUGGCGCUCUAUAGAGAACAAGCCGUUUAUCUUGCUGUUCUGGGGACAAAGCCUCCACUUGGACCAUUUCGACCAAGGCAAAGUGACCGACUUUAUCAAGAAAUACCAGAAGCCCAAGCCUCAUGAUAAGCAUGCUGCUGUGAGGAAUAGUGCACCGGAAUGGAGUAACUUUUACGAUGGCAACUACACUGAAGGGCAUAUAUGUGGAGGAUGCUAUUCGGAAAAGGGGAAAGCUUCCCAUUGCAGUAAAUAUGCUUUCCUUGUUCCGGGUCAGAACAGUAACCUGUUUCCGCCGACCUCACGGGACAGCGAGAGCCUGUUCAGGCUGCGACUAUAAUCCAGACCAUUUUGACCGUUUCGAAUGUAUUGCACCGUCAGGAUUCGCGUGGAAGAGUUUGAUUAAAAUAUCAAAUUGAUGUCCACAAUUUGUCUUUAGCAAGGGUUACCUGCAUUUUACUUUCACAUCACACAUCAGUUUUUUUGUGGUAACGCUCUGUGGAGGAGCAUCCCCAUUAAGCCUACGUUUUUCGACAGUCUUCCCCAUGCAGUAAGUGAAUAAUUCGGGGCAACCCCUUGCAGAAGAAAAAUUAUUAGAGGACUUCCCGGGCGCGACUUUCGGAAACUUGCGUAAAAAUAAAGGACCAAAACAGGAUUUUUUAUUUUA